AUGGCAGUUCCGUUUCGUAGAAAAUCUCGUCGGCGAGUGCGAUUAGGUCGUUCGGGGACGGGAAACCAACCAAGGAAAAUAGCCAAGGGGACAGAUAGGUUUUUUGGUUGGAAAGCACCAGAUUUAGAUAAGCAAAUGGAAUUUUUGGAAACAUUAAAAUUUUUUUCCAGCACCACGACCGUGAAAAAAUUGAAAAGCGCGGCUGAGGACCAAAAAGACAAAAAUUUACUGAAAAAUACUUGGCGGCGACCGGUCGAGCAACGGACAAAAGAACCAAAGGAGAAAGAGCCCACUUAUAUUUCACCAGCCGAUUUCGCAACUGACUGUGCCAAA